AUGUCGGAGAACUCAAACAUGAAGCCUUGCGCCCUGCUUUUCGGCAACGCUGGCACCAUCAUCGCUGCUACUCCCAGUCUUGGCCUUCGUACCAAAAUCAAGACUCAGGUCGGAACGGUCAUUCCACCGAGUGCGGAUCCAUAUUUCGGAUUUCACUUGACUAUCCGUCGUGAUCGCAGACAACUUGUCAGCGAAGAUGAGGGGCACGGCGUUUGCUUUUCCUACGAUCCCUCCCUCGAUGAGCCUGUUUUGGCAGACUUUCGCAUUACAGUCAAGUUUCCCCGCGGCGGUGUCUCCUGUGACUAUCUCCCAGUUCCAGAGGAUGUCCAGGCCAAGUUUCCCACCGUUCAGAAUUGGCAAGGCUUUACAUAUCUUAUCGUGCACCAGCGCGCUUUCGGGAUUGUGCUCCAGGGUUAUUCCCAGGGGUAUUAUAACUCCCCCGACCCCAAGCUUGAGGCGUGGGCUAGACACAAUGGCAAAAUCAACGACGUCUCGCUUCUGGAUGUGCUUCAGCAAAGUGAUUUCUACUUCGUUGUGGAAAUGGAUAUCGACUCCUGCAGGGAGGUCAUGGGAGACGAGGGCCUUCCUCCAAGAUUCACGUAUGGCUACCCCAGGCAGCCUACUAACGUCGAGGAGAUGAAGGAGCUUGUCAACGGCAGUCACGGUGGCGCUUUUGCGCCGUGUUAUAACUUUGACAAUGACGACUCAUUUAUCACGGCUAUCAACCAAAGUGUUGUCCAGGACAACCUUUGGCUGCACGAAGAAGCCGAGGUGAUAGCCCAAGAGCGCUUACAAGCAUACUUCGGAGCACCUCCAGGGAAUAUCCCUGCAGGCACCAGCCUUACCCUUCUGGUUUCGGUAACAGAGGAGUGGAAGAACUCCCACGAGCUCGCCUUGAGACGUUCACUGAUAAACAGUAUUCUGAUUCAAGUUAAAAUAUAUGAUGUGGGGUCUGAGGACUCUCAGCCAGCUCUAUGGGUUGGUAAGAUCAUUGAGCGGGGUGGUUCCAUUCCCGAACUUCAGUCACAUCUGACUGGAGACAACGAGUUGGUCCUACGAGUUCGCACCGCUGCCAAGCCCCAGGUUCGCGUCUACCCCUAUAACGACCGCGCAACCGCCGAUGAAGCUCUUUCGAAAGGAACGCAGAACUAG